AUCAUGGCAAAUGAAACCAUUCCGUCCAGCAGUGAAGCCGACCAACUUCUCCGAGCAGGUGCCGCCGGGAGUCUCCUCGCACACGUCAUAGGCCAGAAGAGAGGAGGAAGAGGGCACGCCGUUUAUUCUUCUGCUUUUUUCUACGCUGUCUUUCAUUUUUAAUUCUCUUCAUUAAAAAGAUAAAGGCCUUUUUAAUGUUCGCAAAAAUGGUCUCCAAGUUGACUUCUCUGCAGCACGAGCUACUGAGCGCUUUGUUGGAUUCCGGAGUCACCAAAGAUGUUCUGAUCCAAGCGCUGGACGACAUUGACCCGAGCCCGAACGGUUUUGGAGUUAAGGUGGAGAGUUUACAGAUGUCCCCGCCGGGCUCGAAAAUGAACGGAAACGAUUCGGACUCAAAGCCAGUGUUCCACAGGCUGGCCAAUGGGCACAGUAAGGCCAGUAAGUUGUCCGGAGACGAGGGCUCUGAGGAUGGGGACGAUUUCGAUACGCCCCCGAUAUUGAAAGAACUUCAGGCGUUAGACACAGAGGAAGCGGCGGAGCUGAGGGCAGAAGUGGAUCGAAUUUUGGCCGAGGACCCGUGGCGAGCUGCGCGCAUGAUCAAAGGCUACAUGCAGCAGCACAACAUCCCGCAGCGGGAGGUGGUGGACGUCACGGGGCUCAAUCAGUCGCACCUCUCGCAGCACCUGAACAAGGGCACGCCGAUGAAGACGCAGAAGCGCGCCGCGCUCUACACCUGGUACGUCCAGAAACAGCGGGAGAUCGACAGACAAUUCAGCCAGGUGGUGCAGGGUUCCGGCAGCAGUGUGGCUGACAGGGAUGGCCAGGAUCAGGUGAUGUUUUUUUUCCCCGAAUUCAACCAGCCUGGGCAGGGAGUGAGCCAUCCCGCGGACGAGGUGGGCUCCGAGCCUGCCAGCAAGAAGAUGAGGCGCAAUCGCUUCAAGUGGGGGCCUGCAUCCCAGCAGAUCCUCUACCAGGCCUACGAGAGACAGAAGAACCCCAGCAAGGAGGAGAGAGAAGCCCUGGUGGAGGAGUGCAACAGAGCCGAGUGCCUGCAGAGGGGGGUGUCCCCGUCCAAGGCCCACGGCCUGGGCUCCAACCUGGUCACGGAGGUACGCGUCUACAACUGGUUCGCCAACCGGCGCAAGGAGGAGGCCUUCCGGCAAAAGCUGGCCAUGGACGCCUACAGCGGGCCGCCCCACAGCCUCAACUCACUCCUGUCCCACGGCUCCCCCCACCAGCCCCAGGACAGCGCCUCGCCCCCCAGCAAGAUGCAAGGAGUUCGGUACAGCCAGCAGGGAGCCAGCGAGGUCACUUCCUCCACAACCAUCAGCCACCACAGCAGUGACGGCAUGGUGACCAGCCAGUCCGUGCUGCAGCAGCUCUCCCCGGACAGCCUGAACCCCAGCCACAGCCUGCUGUCCCAGGACAUCAAGAUGAUUUCAGUGUCGGGUGGAGGCCUGCCCCCCGUCAGCACCCUGACCAACAUCCACAGCUCCCACCACAACCAUCAGCAGACCCAGAACCUCAUCAUGCCCCUGACUGGAGUCAUGGCCAUUGCCCAGAGUUUGAGCACAUCACAGGCGCAGACGGUCCCCGUCAUCAACAGCGUGUCGGGCGGCCUGGCCACGCUGCAGCCGGUGUCCUUCUCUCAGCAGCUGCAUAGCGCCCACCAGCAGGGCCUGAUGCAGCAGUCACCCGGCCACAUGGGCCAGCAGCCGUCCUCCUUCAUGGCCGCCGUCACGCACGCGCACAUGUACCCACACAAGACUGAGCCACCGCAGUACUCCCAGCCCUCACGGUUCCCCCCUGCCAUGGCGGUGACGGAAGCCAACGGCAUCAGCACCCUCAGCUCCAUGUCUACCAGCAAGCAGUGUCCUCUGCAAGCCUGGUGAGAGUGCGCACCUGACUUCCUUGGCGCCUGGCAACAGUUGCACAUUUUUCCACCCUCUCACUGCUGUAACCAUGGCAACUCUGAAGAAGUGGCAACGGUGUGCUGGACAAUGAGUCGGUAAAUAAAUAAAGGACUUGCCAUCUAAGGCGGGAGCAGCACUGACAGGAUAGAAACAGUUUUGUUCAAGGAAGAAACAAAAAUGAAUACUUGAAGUUUGUAUUCCAUGAAAGCCAAAUAAGGAGGAGUGAGGAUUGGAACUUUGACUGGCAUCCUUAUGAUCAAAAAGGACCCUCUAAGGAAACAGUAUUUCUCAAAGUACUACUUGCAUAUAUGGAAAAAAAAAAUGAUUUCAGUGAAAGUGAUCAUUUGAACAUUACAGAGGAAUAGAACAAAAGGCAAAAGGAAUAGCACAAACAGAAAAUGUGUGUGUGUGUGUG